AAGAUCUUCAUUCUAAAACCUCUGUUCCUCACAAAGAACUAUCAGUCAAGAACAUCAUCAUCUCUUCUUCACACUUCCACGACGUAGACAAUGCAACUCCCUCGUCUACUUCUCUUUUUCUUCUUUACUUUCCCUUCAAUUUCAUCCUCUCUAUUGCCACAAAGCAAUAUCACCCUCUACGGCGACGCCUUCUUCAGAAACAAUGGCUUUAGUCUCACUCAAGAAACCACCUGCCUCCCACCUUCUUCCCCUUCCGACAUCGGAAGAGCACUCUACGUCUACCCCGUUCGUUUUCUUGAUCCCAAAAGCAAAGCUACCGCAUCUUUCUCUUGCCGUUUCUCUUUUUCCAUCAUCCCUAAUCCCAUAUGUCCUUUCGGCGAUGGCUUCGUUUUCAUGAUCACCUCCAAUGCUGGUUCUGUCAGCUUCUCCAAUGGCCACAUGGGACUUCCACAGUUUGACUUAGGCUCUCAAGAUUCUUUCUUUGCUGUGGAGUUUGAUACAAGUUUUAAUCCUUCAGUUGGUGACAUCAAUGGUAAUCACAUUGGGGUCGAUGUUAACUCGAUUGUUUCGAUCAUUUCAAUCGAUGUUACGCCGAAAGGGGUUGAUCUUAAAAGUGGGAAAAAGAUAACAGCCUGGAUUGAGUAUAAAGAUUCAGCCAAGUUGAUUCUGAUAUGGGUUAGUUAUUCAUCGAUUAAGCCUCCAAAACCUGUUCUUGUUGCCCAACUUGACCUUUCCAACCAAUUCAAAGAAUAUAUGCAUGUAGGCUUCUCUGCUUCUAACGGACAAGGUUCUGCAAUGCACAUUAUUGAACAUUGGCGGUUCAAAACAUUCAGCAGUUACCGGCCUGGGGUCGAUCCGAUCAAUGGUAAUUGCUCGACGUGCUCUCGCAACAAUUCACUCGAAAAUCGCCCUCAUAAAAGAAGUCUGCAGGUAGGGAAAAAGGCUGUUGUAUUGGGAUGCUUAGUUGCAUCAGUUGCUUUCGUAACAGCAGUUCCAUUUUGUUUCUUUGCGGUGAGGAAGAAGAGGGGUUUGGCAAAAGGAAUCAAGAGUGCAAUUCCUAGAGUUCAAACGAACAAUGUACCAACAAGAUGGUCACUUGCAGAGAUAAAAUCAGCUACAAUGGGGUUUCAUAAGAGCCGAAUCAUCGGCAAAGGUGGUUCAGCAGUUGUUUAUAAAGGUUAUGUUCCGUCGGCUGGAACCGUCGCGGUGAAGCGGUUCGAUCAGUUCAACGGAAAAGCAUUCACUCGUAAUCUUUUCAACACAGAGUUUGCCAUUAUGGCCGGUUGGCUAAACCACUGUAACUUGGUUCAGCUUCAAGGAUGGUGUUGUGAGGAAUCUGAGUUGGUCUUGGUCUAUGAGUACUUGUCCAAUGGAAGCCUCUACCAACACAUUCACAAAACCUCAGUUUCAUCAACAACUACCCUUUCAUGGAGCUUAAGAUUAAAGAUAGUUCUCGGGGUUGCUUCUGCUCUUUCAUUUUUACAUGAAGAAUGUGAAAGACAGAUAAUACAUAGAGAUGUGAAAACUUGCAACAUCAUGCUUGAUGACGAGUUCAAUGCCAAGCUCGGAGAUUUCGGUUUAGCCGAAGUGUACGAACAUUGUUGCGCUUCAAGAGAUGCUACGAUACCAGCCGGGACGAUAGGAUAUCUGGCACCCGAGUACGUUUAUACCGGUGUUCCGACUGUGAAAACCGACGUGUACAGCUUCGGAGUGGUUGUCCUUGAGGUGGCUACGGGAAAGAGGCCCGUGGAUGAGAAUGGAACCGUGUUGGUUGACUGGAUUUGGGACCUGUGGGUGAAAAGGAAACUGAUUGAGGGUGCUGAUUCAGGAAUGUUGUGCAGGUACAAUGUUUUAGAGAUGGAGAGGAUGCUGAUGGUGGGACUUUAUUGUGUGCACCCCAACCCUGAGAACAGACCAACAGUGAAGGAAGCUGCUAGGAUUCUCACAGCUGAAGCGGCACCUCCGGUUUUGCCAUCGACAAGACCGACCAUAACUCUCCGGUCUCAUGUGUUUGCAGACUGUGGAGAUACUUUGAGCCUGGGUGGAGAUAACAAUCCUAAUGAUGAUGAUGCAGGGUGGUUGACACCGUGUAGCCAUUUUAGCAAGAGCCGAGUUUGA